AUGUCCGUGGACCCACGUCCGCUGCUGGGGCAGAUCCCCGGCGAGGCGCCUCUGGACUGUUUGGUGGUGGGCGCCGGGCCCGUGGGGCUUCUUUUGGCCAGCGAGCUGGCCUACCGAGGAUGCAAGGUGGCCAUCAUCGAUGCGUUGCAGCAGCCGGUGAAGCAGACGAAGGCCAGUGGCGUGGUGCCCCGCAGCUUAGAGGUCUUGCCGGCCGAAGUGGAGCGGAAACUGCUGCAUAAUGGUACCAUGCUGAAGGCCAUGCAGAUCUUGGAGAAGAAGGAGGGAGAACCCAUGAAGACUGUUUUGGAUAUCAAGACCUCGAGUUUGGAGGUCUACGGAGGCAUCUUGGCCAUCCGUCAGAUGGACACCGAGAGCUACUUGACCGAGUAUCUGCGGGACUUGCCCGACUGGUUCCGCGCCGGAUCGAAGAACCUGGAGAUCCAAAGAGGGGUCUCCUUGGAAUCUUUCACGGAAGGCCCCACUGGUGUGCAAUGUGUCCUGAAGCUUCCUUCGGGUGGGAUUGAAACGGUCAACAGCAAGUUUCUGGUCGGUUGCGAUGGUGGCCAUUCCAAGAUCAGGAAGCAGUUGGGCUUUGCCUUCGAAGGCACCACCACAGCUGAGUACUUCUUCGGUUUAGAUGCAGCCUUCGAGAACUUUGAGCUCAACGCAGAGAACGUGGCGUCCGUGUGCUUGACACAAGACCAGGAUCCACUGGCGCCGGGCUUCGCCUUCAACAUCCCCUUCGGCGACGGAAACUGCCUGCUGCUGGUGGACAUCGACUUGGAGCAGCAGAAGGAAUGGAUCACAGGAGAGGUGGAUCGCAAUGGCUUCCCAGUUCUGAGGCAGCCAGAGGUGGAAGAUGUCCUGAAGGUGGCCAAGUCCCGUGGCCUUGGUGCCAACUUGUCUGUGAAGCCGGGAUCUGUUCGUUGGCUCACGCACUUCCGGAUCAACUCGCGUCAGGCGGAGUGCUAUGGCCGUGGCCGUGUCUUCUUGGCCGGAGACGCCUGUCACUGCCACUCACCGCUGGGCGGACAAGGUAUGAAUAUGGGCUUUCAGGAUGCCAAGAAUUUGGCUUGGAAGUUGGUCUUGGCCAUCAAAUGCGGAGGACCUACCACCAGCUUGCUGCAAUCUUACGAAAGUGAGCGGAAGACGAUGGAAAGCAAGCUGCUGUCGGGCAUCGAGCGUGCGCAGGAGGUCGUGAGCAGCCGGAACCCGGUAGUGUUCUUCUUGCGUGGCCGCGGACAGCGAUUGGUGAACAUCCUGACCUUUUUGCAGCCAUCGGCUUUGGCCUUGAUCGGUCAGCAGGCCUGGUCGUACAGGAAGUCCUCCAUCUCCAUGGAACACUGGGAACGGCCCAUCCCCACGUGCUUUCCGAUCACCAGCAUUUGCCCUGCGGGCGGCUACCGCCGGCGGCAGAACCUGCAUCGAUGGCUGGCCACCAGGAUCCAUGCUGGAGACCGAGUUCCUGAUGUGCUGCUGGUCGGAGGCCGUCACUUGCAUCAAGUCUUGAAGAAGUCGCGGGGCUUCACCUUACUCCUCUUCGAAGGCUCUGCUCCGGAGAACGAAGAUAUGGAGAAGCACUUGAAGAACAAAAUGUUGUCCUUCAAAGAGUUGCAGGCCUUGAGCGUCAGCAUGAAGUGCCAAGCGGACAAGACCAACUUUGUGGCUAUGAUCGAUGAGGUGGUGCUCUUUCCUCAGGGCGACGUGGAGGCGAGACGGGUUGAUGCGCGUGGCUGCCGCACGAGCCAUGCGGCGCCGCGGCGAGAGCGGCUAUACGACUUGCUGGUGCCCGACGUCGGCGCGAGCCUCUGUGCCAUGUGGUUGGUCCUGAAUUCGCGAUCGACUAGUUGGAAUCUGGUCGAGCGGGUCAUCUUCCCUGCGCCAAAGCCUUCCUACAGCCUCGACAGCUUUCCGCGUGAGUUGAUCCUGGUCCCACGCGAGGAUGGUCUGCAGGUGCCGUGCCUUUUCCUUCCCUUCAGACACGCACGGUUCCUCUUCAUCUACUUCCAUGCAAAUGCUGAAGAUCUGGGAUUGAGCUAUAGCUUCUGCAAAAUUCUGCGAGAUCUCUUUCAAGUGCACGUGAUGGCUGUGGAAUACCCCGGCUACGGAGUGUGUCCCGGCACCUGCGACGAGGAGGGUGUCAUGGCGAACGCCUCCGCAGCGAUGCGCUUCGUCUUGGAGACGCUUCGAUGGCCCAAAGAUGGCAUCAAGCUCUUCGGCCGCUCCUUGGGGACGGCUCCCACCAUCCAGUUGGCCACACGUGUGGAGGUUGGAGGAGUGAUUCUGGUGAGCCCUUUCACCAGCAUCAAGGAGCUUUUUCGCCACCAGCUGGGGCGCUUGGCCGAUUUGCUCUCCGAUCGCUUCAAGAACCUGGACUCGACGCCCAAGAUCACCAGUCCCACCUUGAUCAUCCAUGGCCAACAAGAUGCACUGGUGCCUCUGGAGCAUGGGAGGCUGAUCUAUGCCUCCAUCACCUGCAAGCGGAUGUUCGUGACGCCUCACAACAUGAGUCACAACACCUCGCUCCUGAAGGAUGCGGCAACCUUCAUCCUUCCAAUGACGCACUUCUUCUCCCUUCCAGACUAUACCUUCGAAGAUCUGGAGCUUCCAGAAUGGGUCUAUCCCUCACCUGGCACGUGCUUGGAAGCAGCCUCCAAAGAGAGCAGCUUCUUCUCGGCCGCGCGGCACUGCGCGCGGCCUUGCCGUCACGCGAAGACGUCCUGGGAGGACACCGUGGUGGAGCCCAUCAGCCACCUGAAGGCCAUGCCCAUGAGGCCCGAGGCUCGCAGUGCCUUUGGACAGAAGCUCCAAAGUGACCUGGAAGAUGAGCCUACCAUCACCCUGCCCUUGGGCACCGGAACAGUGCCCGCGGUCUCCUCGCUGGACAUCGACGCGGCGCCGGAGAUCCCCGAGGAGCUCAAGCCCGAAGUGCCCAAGCGCUCCAAAGGCAGCACAAAGACCCAACUCUGAGCGGUGAAAACCACCGCCCGGGGAGCUCGCGCGUGGGUGGAGUUGCCGUGGAGAGCAGGGGCGAGUUCAUGGCCUUGGCGUC